AUGACGGAGAUGGACGCCGCGGAGGCCGACGCCGCGUUCGCGGAGUGUUGCGACUUGGUGCGAGAGAUGACGAAGAUAUACGGCGCGGACGAGGACGCACAACGCGUGCGAGAUCUGGAUGCGGCGAUGGAACGGGCACAAAAUCAACACGACGCGCACGAGCGAGAGAUGGAGAGCGCGAUCAGGGAGUUAGCGCGAAGAUGCAAGGUGGCGGAGAGGAAAGCGACGUUACCGCAUAACGCUCAACACGCUCGAGAGCGAUUGUUACGAUUAGAGGCGGAGAAGAGAGCGGCGGGGGAGCGCCUGAACGCGUUGGAACGCGAGGCGCGCGCGAUUGAACUCGAACGAGAGGAACUCGGACGAAGGCGAGACGAGAUCAAGUCGAAGAAGCAAAGGAUGGACGUCGUCGUGAACGAAGAGAUACCGGCGACAAAGCGAGAGGUGAGCCUGUACGCACACAUAUCGAACAUCGCGUGGCACUACGAGGAGCGCAACCGCGUCGUCGGGCGCGUCAACGCGCGGGCGAGUCGAGACGUGCGAUCGAUCGACAUGCCUCUGAGACCAGGGAACGAGUUCCGCGUCGCCAACGCGCUUUGGGAGAUGAUGGACUGA